AGUCAAUAAGCGUCGCAACGCCGAAAUCGGGUCACGAAAAUUCAAUAUCAACACUCUGACGCAUUUUGUGUUUGUAUUGUUUCAAGAGUGGGUUAAAUGUCAAAGUUCAAAAACGUCUGACCGAAACUAGCGAAAAUUAUGAAUGAAUAAAUUACAUGUGCAGGUAUGAAAUUAACAAUACGUCGGUACUGUGCAAUAUUAUGCAUUCAAACUUUGCUAUUGCUGAUAGAUUUGAGUAUUAAUACAUUUUCCAUAUUAUUAAGAAAACAUAAUGCUGUGCUACUAGUGCUGUUCAUUGUACAAGACGUCUGUUUAAUAUUGGCGGUAGCAACAUUAUUAUUAACCUUUUUUUCUACCUAUGUCUUCCAGGCUGGGCUUAUUCAACUAUUGUAUGAGCGGUUUCGAUUAACAAUUAUCAUAUGUAUAGUGUAUAUUAUUCUCACAACCAUUUUACAUAUAUGGACUCUAUCGGUUCGAUGGAAACAUCCAUUGCAGCACAACUGGUCAGUUGGAUUGCACGUGUUUUAUACACUUCAAAGAUUCGUGGCCCCACUUUACUACUACUUUUACAAAAGAGCGGCGUUGCGAAUCAGUGAUCCGAGAUUUUAUGAAGAUGUUGAAUGGGUCCAACCAUCACAGCUGAGUCACUCUUACAAAUAAAAAUAUCAAUAAUUUGUCUAUAAAAUGGUCUAAUUUUAGUAGAUUAUUAGUUUAGGUAGAGAUCAAGGUCGCUCUAUAGUAGUGUACCUAAAUGUUGACUGAAUUAAAGUUUGCCUUCUGUUUGA